CUGGGCGGGGCGGGCCCAGGUGCGCUGCCGGCGGCCGGCGAGCGAGAGGGAUGAGGUGCCGCCACCGCUGCGGGUUCGAUGCGGCCCGCGGCCCGCGGCGGCUGAUGCGCGUGGGGCUGGCGCUGAUCCUGCUGGGCCACGUGAACCUGCUGCUGGGCGCCGUGCUGCACGGCACGGUGUUGCGGCACGUGGCCAACCCCCGCGGCGCCGUCACCCCCGAGUACACGGCCGCCAAUAUCAUCUCCGUGGGCUCCGGGCUGCUGAGCGUCUCGGUGGGACUGCUGGCCCUCCUGACAUCCAGGAACCUCCUCCUCCCCCGACUGCACUGGGCCCUACUGGCCGUGGCCUUGCUCAACCUGCUGCUGUCCGCUGCCUGCUCGCUGGGCCUCCUCCUCGCCGUGUCGCUCACGGUGGCCAAUGGCGGCCGCCGUCUUAUUGCUGACUGCCACCCUGGACUGUUGAAUCCCUUGCUGCCGUUGGACCAGGGGCCUGGCAAGGCUGACUGCCCCUUUGACCCCACCAGAAUCUAUGACACGGCCCUGGCCCUCUGGAUCCCUUCUUUGUUCAUGUCUGCCGCAGAGGCUGCUCUGUCUGGCUUCUGCUGUGUGGCUGCACUCACCCUGCGCGGGGUCGGGCCCUGCAGGAAGGAAGGGCUGCGGGAGCAGCUGGAGGAACUGACAGAGAUUGAACUUCCUAAAUGGAAAAGGCAGGAAAACGAGCAGCUACUGGAUCAAAAUCUAGAUGUCCAGGCACCUCAGAAAAGCUGGGCCUGACAGCACAGGUCAUGAGGAUGUGGUCUGGGAGCAGGCAGGGCAGGGGCUGUGCUUAGCACCUGGCCCCCCUUUGUCCUCCUGCCCUCUAACCCAGCUCUCCCUUCUGUAAGCAGGUGCUAGCUGGCCCAGAGGAAGCAUCCACGCGGGGUUUCCACUGACCCUUAGGAGGACAUACACAGCUGGAAUAAAGAAACUUGUUCUACUUGA